UUGAAGUACUUUCAAAAUCUUUGAACAAGCUAUUUGAAGAUAAGAGGUUUGUUAGUUAUGGAAUGCCAAAUGGGACAUGUCUUUUGAACUACUUAGAUUAUGCAGAUGACACCAUUAUAUUUGUUUCUACCGGUCCUUACUCCUCAAAGAUGAUUGUAGAGGUUCUGACAAAGUAUGAGCACACUUAUGGCCAACUAAUUAACAAGUCUAAGAGCUCCUUCUAUAUGCACUUUAAUGUGGUUGGGGCACUGUUCAAUUCAGUUGGAGGUAUUAGUGGCUUCACAAGAGUUGAAUUUCCUUUUACCUACCUUGGCUAUCCUAUCGUUUGUAUAAGGAGGAGGAAAGAUUACUAUGAUGAUCUCAUUAAGAAGGUGAAAGCUAAACUUCAUUCUUGGAAAAGGAAGCUUCUGUCUUAUGGUGGAAAAGCAACACUUAUCUCAUGUGUACUUUAA